GUCAAAAUAUGAUGUCCCCAUACAUGGAAAAAAAUGGGUCUUAAGUACAAUGGGGUCUGCAUGGAGGGUACACAAGUGUCGAUUCAAGGAAAAGUUUUGCAAAACAUAUAAGGAUAAUAUGACGAGAUGGCGCCACCGCCCAAAAGACAUUCCCCAAAGUGAUUUUCGAGCUCUUUUAAAGCGAUGGAAUUGUAAAGAUUAUCAAGCAAAAUGUUCCCGUAACAAGCGCAGUCGUAGUUUCCAGAAGGACAAUCACACAGCUGGUCGUGAGUCUUUUGCGAGGAUUCGGGAAAGAUUGGAAACUACCCUUCCAAAUUGUAAUGACAUACCUUUGUCAACUAUGUUUGAAGUCACACGUAAAAGGACUGAGGGCCGCAACUACAAAGAGUGUAAUGAAGAUACUGCUGCAAAAGUGGCCAAAAUGAAGAACUAUGAGGCACAGAAUAAGGAUGAAAGUGGCACUACAAGAAAAAUAACUUUGGGCAACAAGUUUAUUUUUUAUGGGCGACAAUAAUUAAAUUCAUUGCACAAUGUUACACUAAAUGACAUCAAUUUUUUUUUUGUUGCACAAUAGUUAUUUUUUUACCAUGAAUUCUAGAGUUGUGGCCUAUACUAUAUCAUGUGCCAUAGUUUACGUGUUUCGAUGUCCAUGAAAUUAUUCUAGAGCUACUAAUUAGCUAUUGUUGCCCAAAAUGUAAAUGGGCCACAAUUUUUAACUUUAUUCGUUGCCUUUGAUGUAGAAUGGGCAACAAGUUUCAACCUAACUCGUUGCCUUUAUUGGAAAAAUAGGCAACAAAACUACAAAAGCUAUUCAAAAC